GGCGUCAUUGGGUGGGGUUAAGAGGCUCCACCAGGAAGCAGAAUAGAGAGGAGAGGGAAGAUAGAAGCGUGUUGGACGACUAUGGCGUUCGGGGAUGCCUGGAAACAAAUAUCCUGGUUUUAUUACCAGUAUUUACUCAUCACAGCUCUGUAUAUGCUGGAGCCAUGGGAGAGAACAGUAUUCAAUUCUCUCCUGAUCUCAGUGGCUGGGAUGGCGGUGUACACAGGCUAUGUGUUCAUGCCUCAGCAUAUCAUGGCCAUUCUGCACUACUUCGAAGUCAUCCAGUGACCCUGCCCUGCCCAUGGAAGGAAGUACUUGUGACUGCCCCCUAGAGAAAGGAAGAGGAUUUCUUUUGUUUUUAAAUUUCUGGGACUACAUAUGUUCCGUGCUCCUCUCAGAUCACGUAGUGAACACAUGUAGUUUGCAUGGACAGACUGUGGAGGGAGUGGCUGGGGAACAGGAAGGCAGGAAAACGUUGAGGAUUCCAUUUUAAGUUUUAAAAUUUUAAGAAGUUGUGAUUGCACAGCAACUUAAGCUUUUGUCCUGUUGACUCUGUACGCACAGACGUCAGUGUUAAUAGAUAUGCCUUUUAUAAUUAAUUCUUGUCAGCAGUGGUGGUUUCCAGCUGCUCAAUAUUUUCUCACUAAUGUGUAUAUAAAUGUAUACAUAUACAUGUAAAGGUUUUUUUUUUGUGAUUGUGCUUGACUGGGAAGAGAUGGGGAAAUACGUUUUGGAAGAACCCUGGGGCUUUUUUGUACUUUUAAUUAACAUCAACAGCUUUGAUAGUCUUACUAAAACAUUUUCGUGUGUUAAAAGUCAAAUAUUCUUUGUAAGAUAUAGAAAGUCUCAGGUGUAAUUAUUGUGGAACUUGUGUUUAUGAAAACAGUACUUCAAUAAAUGUGUUCUCAUCUUCUUGGUAGGCAUUUUUA